AUGGGCCAAUCUUUGCCACGAUCUCCCAGUUCCAAUCCCUCCACGGAACAAGAGUGGAUUUCGACAGCUCUGUUGGCGCCUAAGCCUGGCGCUUCCACUGCCAGUAAGAAGAGAGACGGAAACGGCCCUCAUGGCCGGCGCCUAACCAGAGACGAACUGUUGCCUAAGAGCCUCUUGGACCAUUAUCUAUCCUCUGUCCCCAUUCUACGAGCUGAAGAGAGAGGGAGCUCUCGACAUAUCCUCAAUUCCACAUCCUCAUUAGCUAGCACUGAGAUAACUGGAAUCAUGGCGGAAGCUAUCGGGAUAGCAUCCGGACUGCUGGCCUUGGGCCAAUUCGCCUUCCAGUCUAGUGUCGCCCUCUAUGAGACAAUCAACAGCUAUCAAUCUCACCAACAGCGUGUGCGCGAACUCGCGGAGGAAGCGGGCGCCCUGAGUGAGGUGCUGGGCUCGCUGGUUGAGACAGUCAAGGCGACCACCGACAUUGAUCUUUCUUCGCUUGAGUUGCCUCUGCGACAGUGCGGCAAGGCCUGCCAAGCCUUUGAGCAGCAAAUAAAGAAGGUCUCGUCAAGAUCUACCGCCACUCGGACCAGUCUUAGAGAUUGGGCAAAGCUGCGAUACAUGGGAGAAGAUAUGGAUGGCUUCAGGCGACUGCUCGCCGGCUACAAGAUGACCAUCACAAUUGCCCUCACAGACGCAAAUCUUCGCAGAUCCGCCGCCACGGCUGAAAACAUUGAGGGCUAUAAUGAUCUUAUAUGUACCGCCAGAGAGCAGUUUGAAGAUCGUCUCGAGGAGAUAAAUGAAAAGCUUGACGACCUGCUUGGGAAGAGCGUGUCAGAUUCUACUCUAGAUACGUCUGAGCUGAUGCAGAUCAAGGAGGAAAAAUUGAGCACGGAAAAGAGUCUGGCAAUUGUCGCCCAGCUGUCCAGUCACAUCGCAGAACUUCAAGUCAAGUAUGCGAGAGAUCCUGCCGCGGGCACGGCUGGUAGUUCUAAUAACGCCUCCAUAUCCGAGAGAAUCACCCACGAGGGUUUGCAAGAGUGCCAACACAGCCUUACACGCAUGGCAGCGAAACUGAAGGAACACGAGAGGCUUCUAUUCAAUCGGCUGACGGAAAAGAUGAAGGCCUCGAGUUCGAGCCCAGAGGAAGCGGCCGAUAUUGCCAGGUUAAGAGAAGAGUGGGAGUCAACCUUUGAGUCCAUGAACAUCCUAUCCAAGGCAGGAUCUUAUUUUGAGAAAGAAACCAGCGUGAUAGAGAACCAUGCGACCGGCGACGCUCACCAGGUCAUGGUCGCCACCGACGAAAAGACUCUUCAUGGAACAAAUCGAGGGCUGGGAUGGAGGUCGAGGCAGAUCGGCGGGCGCAUGAAUGAUGAAACAGUGCGACAGAUAUCGCGAGACAUGGUGACGGUCACCAUCAGGAAUGUGUAUGAUGAACAACCGUCUGCACGCAAGGGCACUCCAACGGGACCAGCUGACAGGGAACCAGUUAGUCGACACACCGAGUUCCAUGAACGAUACGGAGAAGGAUUCAAGUUAACAUCUAUGAAAUGA